ACUGUAUUUCAAGCUAGUUAGCUAGCUAAAAUUUUGUCAAUAUCUGUAUUUAUUUACAGACUUUUGAAGAAACAUGCUAAAACUAAAAAUAUGCAGUAAAGUAUCGUAUAAUCCAGUGACAUUCAUUGUUUAAAUAAGGUUAAUUUAUAACAAAACUUUAGUUUUAAAUAUUUACCGGUUCUGUUAGCAAAUUAGCUUAGCUAAUCGGUGUUUGUUCACUCGCAAAAAUGGCGGCUGCUGUCCUGCAAGUACGAAUCAACCAAGCUCUGAGAGCACAGCUACAGAAGCUGAUCUGGGGCAGAGGAGCUGUCAGACAUGCAUCUGUGGGGAGGAUAGAGAAAGUCCUUAUCGCUAACCGAGGAGAGAUAGCGUGCAGAGUGAUGCGCACAGCAAAAAAGAUGGGUGUUCGUUCUGUGGCCGUGUACAGCGAUGCUGACAGGCACUCCAUGCAUGUGGCCAUGGCAGAUGAAGCAUAUCACAUUGGAGCAGCUCCAUCACAACAGAGUUAUUUAUCUAUGGAGAAAGUUCUAGGAGUUGCCAAGAAAUCCUCUGCACAGGCCAUCCACCCUGGUUAUGGCUUCCUGUCUGAGAACACAGAGUUUGCCGAACAGUGCAAACAGGAAGGCAUCAUCUUCAUUGGGCCUCCAUCAUCAGCGAUUCGUGAUAUGGGCAUCAAGAGCACAUCCAAACACAUAAUGUCCGCUGCAGGCGUUCCCAUCAUUGAGGGUUACCACGGAGAGGACCAAUCAGAUGAGAAGCUUCAUGCUGAAGCUGGCAGGAUUGGUUAUCCUGUUAUGAUCAAAGCCGUACGAGGUGGAGGUGGGAAGGGAAUGCGUAUUGCUCGCUCGGAAGCGGAAUUUCAUGAGCAGCUGGAAUCUGCCAGAAGAGAAGCUCGCAAAUCAUUCAAUGAUGAUGUCAUGCUAGUGGAGAAGUUUGUAGACAACCCCAGGCAUGUGGAGGUGCAGGUGUUUGGGGAUCAACAUGGUAAUGCGGUGUAUCUGUUUGAGAGAGACUGCAGCGUGCAGAGGAGACACCAGAAAAUCAUAGAAGAAGCACCAGGGCCUGGUAUUAGUCCUGAAGUGAGGCGUAAACUGGGAGAGGCUGCAGUCCGGGCUGCCAAAGCAGUAAACUAUGUGGGAGCAGGCACUGUGGAGUUCAUCAUGGAUGCUCAGCACAAUUUUUACUUCAUGGAAAUGAACACUCGUUUGCAAGUGGAGCACCCGGUGUCUGAGAUGAUCACUGGGACAGACCUAGUGGAGUGGCAGCUCAGGGUGGCUGCUGGAGAGAAGCUUCCACUGUCUCAGGAUGAGAUUGUGCUGCGAGGUCACUCGUUUGAGGCUCGAAUCUAUGCUGAAGACCCCAAUAAUGACUUUCUGCCUGGAGCCGGACCCCUCCUGCACCUUUCCACACCAGAGGAGGAGACGCACACUCGCAUCGAGACUGGAGUACGUCAAGGAGACGAGGUUUCAGCUCAUUAUGACCCCAUGAUCGCUAAGCUGGUGGUUUGGGGAGAGGAUCGCCCAGCUGCUCUGCAGAAACUGCGGUACUGUUUACAUCAGUACAAUAUUGUGGGUCUCAACACCAACAUUGACUUCCUGUUAAGUCUUUCGGGUCAUGCAGAGUUUAAGGCAGGAAACGUUCACACCAGUUUUAUCCAGCAGCACUACGAUCAGCUGUUUCCUAAACCGACUGCACCGGGAGGAGACGUGGUGUGUCAGGCUGCUCUCGGACUUUUGCUGCAGGAGAGAGAGAACACACGGGAGUUUCUGCGCCAGUCACAUGAUGUCUUCUCUCCUUUCGGUUCGGGUAACGGGAGCCGGCUCAAUGUGCUCUGCUGCAGGAACCUGACACUCCAGCUCGGGGAAAACAAACUCACAGUAGCUGUGACCUACAAUCCAGAUGGGACAUACAGCAUGAAGACUGGAGACCAGGUGUUCCAGGUGUCAGGUGAGCUGCAGGAAGUGGGUGGAGCCACAUACCUGCAGUGCUCUGUAAAUGGAAUUCUGUCUCGACCGAAACUGGUCAUACUGGACAACUCAGUUCAUCUUUUCUCCAUGGAGGGCAGUGUGGAGGUAAAAGUGCCUGUACCAAAGUUCUUGGCUGGCAUGAGAACCGCCGGAGCACAAGGUGGUGCAGUGGCACCCAUGACUGGAACCAUUGAGAAGGUCUUUGUGAAGGUUGGAGAUACUGUGGAGAAAGGAGAUCCUCUAAUGGUGAUGAUAGCAAUGAAGAUGGAGCACACGAUCCGAGCUCCUAAAGCAGGUGUCAUUAAGAAGGUCCUAUUUAAAGAGGGUUCACAGGCCAAUCGUCACGCAGUGCUGGUGCAAAUGGACGAGGAAGAGGAGGAAGUGGCGCAGGCUUCCUAAAAGAAAGAAACGUUUCUCUGAUGGACUUCAUCUGUACAGCCAUCAGCUACUAACUUGAGGCCUUCAGUUAGUGAAGUAGUAGGAACUCUCAGUGUAAAGCGUUACUGGUUAUGGUUCAAUCAGACAUCCUGAUUUUCUAAUAAUUAAGACGGAAAGUUCAACACUAAUGCUUAAAUGUUGGAAGGAUUUUCUGACAUUUGUUAAAAACUAAUGUUAAAUGAUGUCCAUAAAUGUGAGUUCCGUUCUUGUGGUGUAGCAUUUUUUUCUUUUCUUUCCCGGUGUACAGUUGUUUAGAAAUGCAUGGCAGAUUUUCCUGCCAAAAACAGCUAAGAGAUUAACAUAGAUGGGUUUUCUUUUUUUUUUAAAUAAUAAUAAAUAAAUAUAUAAUAAAAUGUAUAUAUUUUCUUGCGA